AUGCAAAAGUUAUACUCAAAGAAUUUGAGUGUAGAAGAGCUUGCUGGGCUUAUAAAAAAUGAACAAAUAAAAUGUGAACAUUUAAAAAAAGAAAAUGAAAAAAUUAAAGAACAAAAUUUUAAAAUUAAAGAAAAAUUAUUAAGUUAUGUUGAAUGUGACUUCACAUGUGAAAAUAAUCAAAAUUAUAAUUUAGAAAAAUAUAAUAUAAUAUUGGAAUCAAUCAUAGACUAUAUAAAUAAAUUAAAAGCAGUCGAUAAAUACAUGAAAAAUGAUAUAUAUGAUUUAUUUGAGGAAUUUUUUUAUUGCAUAAAGGAAGUAAUCCUUAAACAAAACAAUUUAUGCCACCUGGUGAAAAAUGACAUGUUAUAUUUCAAUGUUCCAGAAAAGAGUGAAUUGUUUCGAAAAAAUUUAUUAACAUUGAGGAAAAUAAAUGAACAUAAUAGUAUAUUGAGGGCUCGUAUUUUUCUUUUCAACAAAUUUAAGGAAAAAAAUGAAAACUUAAUCCACGCGAAUUUUGAGCAAUUAGAGUUAAAAUAUAAAAACUUAAAAGGAAAGGAAAGUAUUUUAGAAAGCAAAAUUGAAAACCUCAACAACAAAAUAAAGAAAUCAAUAGAGAAAAAGCUGCAUUAUGACGAAAAAAAAAACUAUUUAAAAAAAUUAUUGGAGGAUAAAAUACUAAUGCUUGAAGAAUCAUACAACGAAAUAAAAAAAAAAAAAAAACUUAUAAAUAAUUUAAAAGUAAAAAAAGAAGAGUCAGUUAAAAAGUUUAAUCUAGCUGAAACUGGAAACGUAGCAAAAGGUGUCAUCGAAGAGUAUCACUAUAAAAGGGAACAUUUAAAAAAGUUGAACGAAAUGCUAGAAGAAGUGAAGCGUAAAUAUGAGUGCUUAAACAAAGGUUAA